AUGAUGAGAGAAACAGUAGAUGUUGGAGGUGAUUCGGUUCUAGCGAAUAAGGUGUCUAAGAGGCGGGCCGCGAUAUCAGCUAACAUACUAAUCGAUGACUUCAUUUUACAGUUGCAGACCAGAUUGGGUGUAGGCUUCAAUGAUUUCCUCACCUACGUCUCUACAAGUGAUCCUAAUACAGCUAUAAUGGCGAGUAUUUUUGAGCCUGUUGGAGAGCUCCCAGUAGUAUCAACUCAUGAAGUGAGGCACAUAUUGGACGAUAUUUUCAUAGCAUAUCUGAUGACCACACUGGAUGUUACCGAACCACUGUAUACUGCUCUAUUGGAAGUCCAUCGAUUCGGCCUACCUCUACCGGACACUCUCGUUAAGGCUGUCCAGGAAUAUCAGAGGACCGUGUAA